AUCCUCACUCUUCCAACGGUUGCAGACUUUUCCAAGAAUCUCCAACAAAGACACUCACUUACUGCAGGAGCUUGCUGAUCUUCUGUUAGAGCUAUCGUAUGCCAAAAGUGAAAGUUAUUUGCCGGGUCUUAGCUUUCUCGACACACCAAGGGGCAUAAACCCGAUAGUUGAAAAACUCCCAUAUGGACUCCAGGAGUCAUGGGUUACACAAGGUACCAAAUACAAAAGGGAAAACGGUGCAGUCUAUCCACCUUUUUCGUAUUUUGUGCGGUUCGUAAAUGACUACGCUGAAAUGAGAACAGACCCUAGCUUUAUGUUACAGUGUUCAAACGUAAUAAAUCCAAGGGUUGAUAAGACAUCAGUAAGACGAGACAAAUACAGAGUUCCAUUGGCGGUGAAUAAAAUAGAGAUCAGUCCGGCUAAAUUGACAGCACUCGAUCCAGACAAACAAUGUCCUAUCCACCAAAAACCUCAUUCACUCGUCAAAUGCAGGGGGUUUAGAAUGAAAACACUAGACGAAAGAAAGAACAUUCUCAAAGAGCACGCCAUUUGUUUUAAAUGUUGUGCGUCCACAAAUCACAGGGCUCGAGACUGUAAAGCUAUUAUCCAAUGCUCAGAAUGUGAUAGCGAUGCUCAUGUGUCUGCCAUGCAUGUCGGUCCACCUCCAUGGACACCUCAAGACUUUAAUCCCCCAACCCAGAGUCACGGCGGGGAGUCUGAGGGCCCAAAUCCUGUGAACACAGCCAGUUGCACAGAAGUAUGUGGGCAAGGCGUAAAAGGAAAAUCAUGCUCAAAGAUCUGUUUAGUUAAUGUAUAUCGCCGAACUUCUCCAGAAAAGAAAAAGAGGGUAUAUGCCAUGUUGGAUGAUCAGAGCAAUUCAUCCUUAGCCAGAUCUGCGUUUUUUGACAUGUUUAAUGUGCAAGGUACCAUAUUCCCAUACACCAUGAGAACAUGUGCAGGUUUAUCAGAGACACGAGGUCGCAAAGCUGAUGGCUUUGUUGUAGAAGAUGUAGAUGGUAAGGUCUCCAUGAUGCUGCCUACAAUAACAGAAUGUGAUCAGAUUCCAGAUAAUAGAGACGAAAUUCCCAGCCCUGAGGUAGCAGCAGCUCACCCUCAUUUGCGAUCAAUCGCUUCACAGAUUCCUCCUCUCGACCCAUCGGCAGACAUUCUUCUGCUCCUGGGAAGGGACAUCAUUCAGGCUCAUAAAGUUCGUGGUCAGGUAAAUGGGCCAAACAAUGCACCUCAUGCCCAGCGUCUCGAUUUAGGAUGGGUUGUCAUAGGUGAUGUCUGUCUCUCUGGAGCUCAUAAACCCACAUUGAACUCAUUUAAGACGAACGUUCUAAACAGUGGACGUCCCACGUUCCUCAGUCCUUGCGAAAACACAAUCGUUAUCAAAGAGAAAUACACCAAAAACGAUCCACUAAACACACAAGCGGAACUAGGACAACAUAUUUUCCAACAAACAACAAAUGACGACAAAGUUGCACUUUCGGCAGAAGAUGCGUUGUUCCUAGACAUUAUGCACAACAACUUUGCUAAAGAUGAGGCGAAUAACUGGGUAGCUCCACUUCCAUUCCGCUCACCUAGGCGGCGCCUACCUGACAAUCGGCAGCAGGCCUACAAUCGUUUAAUGUCGCUCCGCAAAACGCUGAGAAGAAAACCUGAAAUGAGAGCGCAUUACGCUGAGUUUAUGGAGAAAAUAUUCAGCAAGGGCCAUGCCGAACCAGCGCCCGCACUGGCGCCAGAUCAAGAGUGCUGGUAUCUCCCUAGUUUUGGCGUUUACCACCCGCAAAAGCCAGAAAAAAUUAGGGUAGUCUUUGAUUCGAGCGCUCAACUUGACAAUGUUUCUCUCAAUGACGUGCUCCUCAAGGGACCAGAUCUUAACAACACUCUCGUAGGAGUUCUGAUGCGGUUUAGGUCCGACCCAUACGCCGUUAUGGCAGAUGUGGAGCAUAUGUUUCACAACUUUGUAGUACGAGAAGACCACCGUAACUACCUUCGUUUCUUGUGGUUCCAAAAUCAUGACCUUGAUGGAAAAGUGCAAGAAUUUAGGAUGACUGUCCAUGUGUUUGGUAAUUGUCCUUCCCCAUCAGUCGCCAUCUUUGGACUGAAAAGAACAGCCAUAGAAGGAGAAAUGGAAUUUGGCAGUGACGCAAAAGAAUUCAUUGAACGGCACUUCUAUGUAGAUGAUGGGCUAAAAUCAUUCUCUUCCAUAGAGCAGGCCAUUGAUGUUCUUAGUAGGGCACAGAAGAUGCUGGCUCAGUGUAACAUACGCCUGCACAAAAUCUCAUCCAAUUGUCCUCUCAUAACAGGAGCCUUUCCAACCGAAGAUCGUGCUGUAGGCAUGCAAGGUCUUGACAUUGGGCAGACUACCCCACCAAUGCAGCGCAGUUUGGGCUUAGGAUGGGAGCUGUUGACUGACCAAUUCAAGUUCCAAGUAAGAGUAAAUGAAAGGCCGUUCACAAAAAGGGGAGUUCUGUCAGUUAUCAACAGUGUGUUCGACCCACUUGGUUUUGCUAUUCCAGUAAUCGUAGGGGGUAGAACCAUACUCAGAGACAUUUCCACAAAUGUUUCAGAGUGGGACACUGAACUGCCAAAAGACAAAUUAGAACAGUGGCAAAAGUGGAAAAGUUCCCUCGAACACCUACAACAUCUUGAAAUUCCCAGAAUGUACACUUCAAUACCGCUGUCUGCAGCCCAAAGAAUAGAGAUUGACGUUUUUUGUGAUGCUUCCACAAAAGGCGUAGGUGCUGUAGCAUACCUCAAACUCACAAAUGAGGACGGACACAGCGAAGUGGGAUUCCUCCUCGGCAAAGCACGUUUAGCUCCUAAACCAGACAUCACCAUACCCCGACUUGAACUCUGUGCAGCAGUCCUGGCCGUGGAAGUAGCAGAGUUGGUUCUAGAGGAGCUGGAUGUCACAGUCGAUCAGGUGAAUCUUUACACAGACUCAAAGGUAGUGCUUGGGUACAUCUCAAACACCAAGAGACGCUUUCACGUUUAUGUGCACAACAGAGUCGAACGCAUCAGGCGCUUUGCACAAACUCACCAGUGGCAUUACGUGCCCACACACUUAAAUCCGGCAGACCAUGCCACACGAGCGUUGCCCGCUGAGCAGCUCUCCAGCUCCACCUGGCUCAGAGGCCCAGCUUUCCUCUCCAGGUUGGACCAAAGUCAAGUUCGAAGUCAAACCUUCGAUCUCAUAGACCCAGAGACUGACUGUGAGUUGCGUCCUGAGGUAACAACUUGCACUACCACCCUAUCAAAAGGCCAGUUUAAUAGUGCCAGAUUUGAAAGGUUUUCAAGUUGGAAGGUGCUGCAAAAGGCUAUUGCCAAACUCCAACAUAUAGCUCAAUCAUUCAAGAACAACUCUGAGGUUUCCUGUCGUGGCUGGCACAACUGCAACAAACAUUUAACUGAAAAGUCACUGCAACUAGCCAAGACCACGAUCAUUCGCACCGUUCAAAGAGAGGUCUUCGCAGAAGAUAUUGGAUGCAUUGAAAAAGGCACAGCUUUAAAAAACUCAAGUCCACUCAGCAAACUGAAUCCAUUUGUUGACACGCAAGGGCUCCUUAAAGUUGGAGGCCGACUAAAGAAAGCACAGUUGUCUGCAGAAGAAACCAAUCCCAUACUAAUCCCUGGAAAGCACCAUCUUGCUCAGCUCAUAAUAAGACACUUUCACGAAAAAUUAUGUCACCAGGGAAGGCAUUUCACGGAGGGAGCAGUCAGAGCAGGGGGCUUUUGGAUUGUGGGAGGAAAAAGAGCAGUAAGCAGUGUGAUUUUCAAGUGCAUCACAUGCCGCAAAUUAAGGGGCAGGCAACCUGAACAGAUCAUGGCUGAGCUACCUGAAGACAGGCUGUCCACGGACCCUCCUUUCACAAAUGUAGGCCUUGAUGUGUUCGGUCCCUGGUCCGUUACAGUGAGAAAAACGCGUGGUGCUAAUGCAGAUGCUAAAAGAUGGGCAGUCAUAUUCGCCUGCAUGAGUACACGUGCAAUUCAUAUUGAAGUGAUUGAGUCAAUGGACACAUCGUCAUUCAUUAAUGCACUGCGUCGUUUCUUUGCCAUCCGAGGUGGUGCCAAACUCUUGAGAUCUGAUUGUGGGACAAAUUUUGUGAGUGCCUGCAAAGAGCUCCAAAUAGACAAACUAGGCUGUCACAAUGACAAAAUAGGCACAUUCUUGAAAGACAGUGCGUGCAAAUGGCAGUUUAAUCCUCCACAUGCAUCCCAUAUGGCUGGUUCCUGGGAACGCAUGAUCGGCGUCACCCGAAAAAUCCUCAAUGCAAUGCUCCUUGAACAUCCAUAUGGGAAGCUCACACAUGAAGUACUCGUAACAUUGUUAGCUGAAGUCACCGCAAUUGUAAAUGCCCGUCCGCUAACAGCCGUUUCUACAGAUCCCGAAAACCCAGUCAUUCUUACUCCUGCGAUGCUACUCACGCAAAAGGUUGGCACACCACCGAUUCCACCAGGGCAGUUUCAGACCAGUGACCUAUUCAAAGCCCAAUGGAAGCGCGUGCAGUACUUAGCUAAUGUUUUCUGGAGUCGUUGGCAGAAAGAAUACAUCGCAGGCUUGCAGGUUCGUCGCAAGUGGAAAAUAAAAAAGCCGAACCUUCAAAUGGGCGACGUUGUUUUAAUGAGGGAGUCUCUGGAACAUAGGAAUAAUUGGCCACUCGGACUGAUCACAAAAUCUUUCCCAAGUGAGGACGGUAAUGUCAGAAAAGUUGAGGUUAAGAUUUGCCGAAACGGCGAGAAUAGGUUUUACAUUCGCCCAAUUCGUGAAGUUGUGCUUUUGCUGUCUAAGGGUAGCAUGUAAAACGAGUUGUUGUUGUGUAUCGUUCAUUAGUUAAGAGCUGACAUCUUGCAGAUGUCAGGCGGGGAGUGUUAUGUCCUCUGGUCUUAUGUUGACUACUUUUUGGGUUUAAUUUCUUUCUAAGAUUGUACAUUGUUCAUCCGUCCACAGGAUGUCGCUAUUCUAACUCAGAAUCUUAAGUUUUUCUUUGGUAUUGCUGUUUGCGCUCGGCUUCCCCUAGUGGCGACUUGCUGUAAGCAGCAGGCAGAAAGAACUUUUUAUUUCAGUUGGAAAAGAGGCCUUGAGGUGUUAAGACGUUACACACCUCCUCUGCACCAUACAUCGUUGGGAACCCUUGACAAAACAAAAUCUGUGCAUCUACAUCAUGAAUUCCAGCAGCACACCAGCAGGUGCAGCAUCAGGGAACUAGUGGGCCAGCAAGCACUUCUGGGUCGAGGAGUCCAGUGAAACAUUGCUGUCAGGCCUCAAGGAGAACCGCUCCCAG